UCUGUUAUCCGAGGAAACAUGUCUGGACGCGGCAAGGGAGGAAAAGGUCUUGGAAAGGGUGGCGCCAAGCGUCAUCGUAAAGUUUUGCGUGACAACAUCCAGGGUAUCACCAAGCCCGCCAUCCGUCGUCUGGCUCGUCGUGGUGGAGUCAAGCGUAUCUCUGGUCUGAUCUACGAGGAGACCCGAGGUGUCCUCAAGGUCUUCUUGGAGAACGUCAUCCGUGACGCUGUCACCUACACCGAGCACGCCAAGAGGAAGACUGUCACCGCCAUGGACGUCGUCUAUGCUCUGAAAAGACAAGGACGUACUCUCUACGGUUUCGGAGGUUAA